AUGUCCGUCAACAGGCUCAAGCCGUUCCAUGACCCCCGUGUCAGCCUCCGCUCCGCACACCUCAACGGCCGCACCUAUGGCUACAUCUACGGGCCCCGUGCUGCCAACACGCCAAACCGAGGCACGAUCCUGCUGAUCCACGGCUUUCCCGAUAUGGCCUUUGGAUGGCGGAAUCAGAUCCCUUACUUGCAGUCCCUCGGCCUUGAUGUCAUCGCGCCUGACUGCAUGGGCUAUGGUCGCACCGACUCGCCCGAGUACACGCUCCGCGAUUACACGUACAAACGUAUUGCAGACGACAUGGCGUCGCUCCUUGCCCAGCUCGGGCUCGGAUCCGUGGUUCUGGGCGGCCACGACUGGGGCGGCGCAAUCGCUUGGAAGCUGGCACUGUUGACGCCGGAGCUGUACAAGGCUGUUAUGGUUAUUUGCACCCCGUUCACACCGCCGUCGCCCAAGUACGUGCCGCUCCAGAUACGCGUCGACACGGUACUGCCCAACUUCGGGUACCAGCUGCACUUCUGCUCGGGGGAGAUUGAGGAGGCCUGUAACUCGAAGCAGGGCAUUAGGCAGUUCCUCACGAACACAUAUGGUGGGAGGACGGUCAAAGGCGAAAUCGCGUUUUCGGCUCAGAAGGGCAUUGAUCUGGAGAAGCAGAAGAUGAUGGACAAGCCGAGUCGGCUGCUGAAUCAGGAAGAGAUGGAUUUCUAUGUGCAGGAAUAUGGUCGACAUGGCUUGAGAGGUCCGCUCAACUGGUAUCGCACAGGUGAGCUGAAUUACCUGGACGACAUGAAGGCCUUCUUCGGCGACGAGAAGGGUUCGGAGAAGGAGAUCAAGGUGGAGCAAGAGACAUUUUUCCUUCUCGCGAAGAAGGAUAUGGCAUUGCUGCCGUGGAUGGCGGCGAAGAUGGGUCAGCGUAUCCCGAAAUUGACAAGACGGGAGGUAGAUGCGGGCCACUGGUGCCUGUGGGAGAGGGCGGAGGAGUGCAAUGAGAUGAUUGGUGAGUGGCUGCGCACAAAGGUCUUCAAGGAAUCGAAACUCUAA